CGGGUUGGGGCCGGCAGUCGGCUGCACCCCUUCUUCAGGUGUUGCGGUGGUUCCACGUCGCCUGGCGGUCCGUAGCUUCCGUGAGCCCGGGCUGCCCCCAGCGUCCGGAGCGCCGGCCCUUCGGCUCCCGCGCGGCCAUGGCGGGGCCGGGCCCGGGCCAGGGGGACCCGGACGAGCAGUACGAUUUCCUGUUCAAGCUGGUGCUGGUGGGCGACGCGAGCGUGGGCAAGACGUGCGUGGUGCAGCGCUUCAAGACGGGCGCCUUCUCCGAGCGUCAGGGCAGCACCAUCGGCGUCGACUUCACCAUGAAGACGCUGGAGGUCCAGGGCAAGCGGGUCAAGCUGCAGAUCUGGGACACAGCUGGCCAGGAGCGAUUCCGCACCAUCACCCAGAGCUAUUACCGCAGUGCCAACGGGGCCAUCCUGGCUUACGACAUCACCAAGAGGAGCACCUUUCUGUCCGUGCCUCACUGGAUCGAGGACGUGAGGAAGUACGCGGGCUCCAACAUUGUGCAGCUGCUGAUCGGGAACAAGUCGGACCUCGGCGAGCUCCGGGAGGUCCCGCUGGCCGAGGCACAGAGCCUGGCAGAGCACUAUGACAUCCUGUGUGCCAUCGAGACGUCGGCCAAGGACUCGAGCAACGUGGAGGAGGCCUUCGUGAGGGUGGCCACGGAGCUGGUCAUGCGGCACGGCGGCCCUCUGCUCAGUGAGAAGGGCACCGACCACAUCCAGCUGGAUAGCAAGGUCGUCGGAGAGAGCUGGGGCUGCGGCUGCUGACCGGGGUGCAGGGCAGGCAGGCAGGGGCCUCCCCACCUUCUCUCUCUGGCCUGCCAGGCCCACCCCUCCAGAGCUGGCCCUCCACGGUGCCAGCGAUCCUAGAGCAGCUGGAUAAAGCCCUGGAAUUCUCCAUUCCGUGGCCUGGGUGCUUGAUGGGAAAGCUACCCUGGAUGAAAGAAGCAGCGGGAUACCUUCUGAGGGAGACCUGUUGGCCUGUGGGGCGUGGGGCCCCACCUGCCAGCCAGUGGCCGUCCCCUCUGUGUUCUUCACAGUCCAGGACUGGCCCAGGCCUGCCGGUGUGGAUCCCAGCAGGAGAGGGGCCGGGAUGUGCCUCCCUUGCUGCACAUGUACUGGGUCUGACCAUUUCACACCUUGAGUCUUGCUGCAGCUCAGGCGGCAGGGGUGUGUGGCUGGUGCCUUGGGUUCUUUCAGGUCACUCCAGGGCCUCUGUACCGAGUGAGAGCAACCCGCCCAGCAGACUCGGUUCCUGAGCACAGCCCCAGGGAAGCCCCAGCUCCUUCCAGGCCGGGAACUUCCUUCCUUCCUUCACUGCCAGCUCGAAGCUCACAGACAGCUUGGGGCUUGGCCUGCUGCCUUAGCAAGACCUCUCAAGUUUUCUGGU